GGUAACGGCCCCUCGUACAUUGUCUGACCUAUUAAAAUUUUGAAUUUCCCGCUAAUGGUGUCGAAAUUUCGAACUAUUUCAUUUGCAUUCUGCUAACGUCAUUAGAUUUUGAACAUAUUUUUGACAGUUGAAUGUUGAUGAGUUGACUUGCAUUUAAUUUAUUAUACACACGUUCAAAUAUGGCCAAUUAUAGUGAAGACCAGAUGGCUGAGUUCCAGGAAGCCUUCCAACUGUUUGACAACAGAGGAGAUGGAAAAAUUCAUGUUGCACAAAUUGGUGAUGCUUUGAGAGCUCUAGGACAGAAUCCUACAGAAUCUGAUGUGAAAAAGUACACCCAUCAGCACAAACCUGAUGAGAGGGUGUCUUUUGAAGUGUUCUUACCAAUCUACCAGCAAAUUUCUAAAACUAGGAGUGCAGAUACAGCUGAAGACUUCAUAGAAGGUUUACGCCAUUUUGAUAAAGAUGGAAAUGGUUACAUUAGUUCUGCUGAACUGCGUCACCUUCUCACUACUUUAGGAGAAAAACUUACAGAUGAUGAGGUUGAACAACUUCUCCAAGGCCAAGAAGAUUCACAGGGUAAUGUAAAUUAUGAGGAAUUUGUAAAAUUGAUUAUGUCAGGUUAACAGGGUUUCAGAGCAUUUAUAUAUUUAUUGAUAAUUUAGAUAUAUUUCUACAAAGUUAUUACUUUUUGUAUGUUAUCUAUUAACAACUCCAUUCCACUUUUAUACCCUGUUUAAUAAUCUUUUUUUCUUUUUCAUUCGGAAAUGUAUCACUAAAUAAUUAGGGAAGAUUAGGAACAUUAUAAUAUUUAUAUCUAGGGCAAGCAGUGUUGUUUUUUGAUAGGAACAAAAAUAAAAGAACUUGCAUC